CCAUUUCAACCAAUGUAUAGAUUAACUUUAAUCUCGGUUUAACUUACUGUUCAUCUUUUUCUAAUUCUAAAAAUUAGAAAAAGAUGAAGAGCAAAAUAUAGCAUCUCUCAUGACAUCCUUGUUGUUCGCCAAUGUUAAAUAAGGAUGAGAUGAUCACUGUGUUAUACUGUGUCAUUUGUUGGAAAGCACACUUUAUAGAUAAUUAAAAUCUUACUAAAAAAAUAUACUCAUUCAACAUGUAUUCAUUCAAAGAAUUUGGCAGAAAAACACGGUGGUCGGCCUCAUGAAUCGAGUUAUUAAGUGUUAAAACUUUAGAGGUUAAGAUAUCUGUCAUCUCAGCACAAUGCACAUCGCGGUUUUUUUUCUAUCUGACCCCGAAUAGCGGCACAUCUAACGCCGUUGUCUUAUCCCUUACCAGAGGAUCUCUAGUAUAGUGUCGUAUUUCGCUCUGGACACUCUGAUCAAAGUGAUCGAUCUCGCCUCUCGUCCUCUCGAACGACGUCUAUUCCUACAGAGAGAAAAUAGUCUACUCUCUACUGAAUCUCCACGUGUUCUGGUUUUUUCUCUGGAGUAUUUAGCAAGUAGCGUUUACGAUAAACGAUUCUGAUUUUUUAACUUGAUAAUGGCAAAAUUAAAGAAAACUCUACAGGACAUACAAAUGCCUGCUGUACAAAGUACGAAAACAUCCAUCGUGAAGAAACUAAGUGUAUCUAAUGACAAAGCAAAGGAUGUAUUUCCAAAUUGGCAAAAAAGUAAAAUGAAAAAAUCAUAUGAUUCCAAAAAUAAAUUUGAUGCAAAAUGUACAGAAAAUUCAGAUAUUCUAAUAAAAUAUCCAAAGCAUGAUAAGAAAAGAAUAUCAAAUAUGUCCCAAGAAAUACAAAUUAACUCAAAUGUUAAAGUAAAAUGUAAAAAAAAUAAAAAACGAAAACAGGACAUGAAUCUUAAUCGUACAAAUAAGAAUGCUGUAAGAGUCAAUGAUGAAGACGAUGAAAACAAUGAAGACAAUUCUUCAGAAGACGAUAAAGACAAAAGCUUCACAAAAAGAGAAGAAAAGCUUAAAAAAUUACAAAUGGAAUUAAAAAAUCUUAAAUUUAAGAUGACAAAAUUAAUUGAAGAGAACAAAGAUAAUAUGAAACAGAUGUCAACUAAUGUAGACGCACAGCAGAUACGACCUAAUAUAUUAAAGCUGAACAAACAUAAAAUAAAUAUCAAUCGUUUAAAAGAAAUGCUAGAAAAUAAAUCGCAAAUAAAAAAAGUUGCACAAUCUACUUUAAGAAAUAAAAAAGAUACUUUGAGAGAUAGAAUGAAAAUUCAGUUAAGAGCGUCCAGAUUCAGGUUUAUAAAUGAGACAUUGUACAAUAAUGAUAGUUCACAAUCUAAACAUUAUUUUCAAAAAGAGCCUGAUAGUUUUAUGGCUUAUCAUGCAGGAUAUAAACAGCAAAUUGAGCAAUGGCUGAUAAAUCCACUGGAUGUUAUAAUAUCAUCAAUUAAAGAAUUGCCAGAAGACAAUGUAAUCGCUGAUUUUGGCUGUGGUGAAGCUCGGCUCGCAGUUUCUGUUCCUCAACAAGUACAUUCAUUUGAUUUCAUCGCUUUAAAUGAUAAAGUAAAAGCUUGUGAUAUGGCUCAUACUCCAUUAUUAAUGAACAGCGUCCACGUUGUCGUGUUUUGUCUCUCCUUAAUGGGAUCUAAUCUUAAUGAUUAUAUAAUAGAAGCUAACAGGGUUCUUAAAAACAAUGGGAUCUUGAAAAUAGCCGAAGUCGAAAGCAGAUUUGAAGACGUAAAAGAUUUUAUAAGACUACUGCGCCAUUACGGUUUUAAAAAUACUUGGAAAGAUUUAUCUCAUAAUCUUUUUUAUUUUAUGGAUUUUAAGAAAAAAGAAGAUAUAAGUAUGAAAAGAAAAAAUCUUCCAUCAAUUACGUUGAAAUCAUGUGUAUAUAAAAAACGAUAA